AUGCCUGCCAACGUCUCUCCAGCAGUCAUCGUUGCUCGCUUCCUCAAAGCUAACCAUUAUGAUGAGACACUUGCAGCCUUUCUCGCAGAAGCGGGACUUCCCGAAGAUGCAGCAGACACGAAGCCGGGCGACUGGACGAUAGAACAGGUGCUCGAAGAGAAAAAGCAGUAUGACUCAAGUCUGCUAUUUGAGAAGAAAGGUGAUGGUCUGCUCACUGGCUGGACGCAGCCCGCCCCAUCGAAACCUGUCGAGCCAGAUACACGCAUAUCUUCAAAUAUUUUAUGUGUGAGCGGUGCUGCUGGCCUUGAGGACACGCACGAGGCGGUCUUCAUAACCGCAGCGGAUAAGUCAUGGUCUCAGAUCUCGACCACCGAACCUUUUGGGCUUACAAACUCUAUCUACAAUGCACAUGCGAGCCCUGUGCUAUCCAUCAGCUCUGUUCCAGGCCCAUACAUCUUCUCAACCUCAAUGUCUGGACAGCUCAUGCUCCAUGAUGGUCGCGGGCGGUUGCUUGACAAAUGUCGUGAUCACCUGAAGUAUGCUGUCCAAGUUGUGUCCAGUGUCACACGAAAUGGCAAGUGGAUUGUCGCCACGGCAGGAUGGGACCAGAAGGUGCACAUCUACGCCCCCGAACAGGAGCUCGCCCACAGGUUUGAGCCAGCGGGUUCUUCUGUCGACGACGAUGAGGCACCACAUCUAGAAGGACUCCUUGGUGACCCAGUGCACACCAUAACGCUGCCAAGUAAUCCAGAGUCUAUGGUUAUCGUCCAGCACCCUGACACCCUGGACUCAUACCUGAUUAUCGCCCGGCGAGAUUCCACCUUUCUGUACUAUUAUUGCAUCACGCCUACGUCCUCAGAAUCUUCCUCGUCGAGAACCAGCGAAGCGACAUAUUCGGUACAGGAGACGGGAAAACAGAAUCUGGCACCCCAUUCCAACGCAUGGAUUGCUUUCACUCCUUCCUGCCUGGCCGUGUCGCCCGCCGACCCGACUUUGCUCGCAGUGGCUACAUCGCACUUGCCUCACAUGAAAUUAAUUAUUGUUCGUCUCCUCUUUCCCUCGAGCACAGACGAGCACCCCCAGACGCAGGCUUCACAGACAAGAGCUGCUCUGGCCGUGCAGGACCGCGAAGACAAUGCCAUCAAGCUCCAUGUCUCGACGAUGUCUCCGCAGACACCAUAUUCUACACCACAGGUGGUCUGGCGACCUGGUGGAAGUGGUGUCUUUGUCAAUGCCGACGACGGGGUUGUCAGAGGCGUCGAUACCGACAAUGGCAAGGUGGUGAGCCUUUUGCGAGCACACGAGGUUGGAAGCAAGGUUCGAACGCUCUAUGCAGGGUAUGAAAGGAACGGGAACGGAAAGAGUGAGAUCCUCAUCAGUGGAGGAUUCGACAAGAAGGUCUUCAUCUGGAGAGUGACGUAG